AACUAAAUGCGUUCGACUCCUCCCGCGGCCCAUCGAUGGCCCAAACCGAUCCUAUCAUCAUCUUCUUCCCCUGCCAAAUCCACGCACGGCGGCGGCUAGCAUAGGUUAGGUUUAGGCGAUUUCCCAAAUCCCCCAACUCAUCCGAUCAUCUUCCGGACGGAGGAGCAGCCAUGGCAGGAGCUGGGAGUGGGUGGCCGACCAUCCUGGAGGAGUCCCUGGACCCGCCGGUCCACUCCGCCGCUGCGACGGCGACGCCUUGGGUCCUCCUCGAUUUCCAGGCCUUCAUGGCCAACCACCGCAACGCCACCACCGCCAAGUCCCAAACCAGGAGCGGCCACCCCAUCGAGGUAUCCUUCUGGACCGCCCCUCCGCCGAGCGUCUCCUACAUGUGCGUCCACUCUCCUGGGUUGGAUCCCGCUGACUUCGCGGCGGAGCCCACCAUCAUGGCCACGGAGGCUGACCUCGUCCUCCUCCGACUCGCCAUAGGGCCCUGGGACCACCGCGACGAUAGCAGCAGCUAUGACUACUUCGUCUAUAACUCCACCGCCACCAAACUGAGCUUGCUCCCGCGCCUUGCCAUCGAAGGGUUCAUUGACAACGAGGUUGGUCUGCUGCGCUGCGGCUCUGCUACACCUAGGCGCCGCCUUGAUCCCAGGAGAUUGGGCCUGCACCCACAUACUGGCCCUGACGAUGGUACUUUCAUCGUUGCUGCACUCCGUAACACCUACGCUUCAGGAUUCUUUGAGUACGCCCUCCACGUCUACCACUCCGGUGCAGAUGCUUGGACCUGCCAUCCAAUCUCCCUCCAUGGCCUGGUCGACCCAUCAUUUAUCCAUGUGAAUACCAAGGUGAUCACUGUUGGAGGGAAAGCGGGCACCAUGGGCUGGGUCGACCUCUACCAUGGUAUUAUCUUCUGUGACAUUCUCUCUCUAAACACUGACACCAGCAGCCCUGUGCUCCACUACUUCCCGCUGCCGCCACCUCUCAACCCCAACAUUCCGUUAAGAGGCUGUCCAAGGCAUGUUCGUGACAUUGCUGUCGUCCAAGGUCGAAUCAGGUACACUCAGAUGCAAGCUUUUACAAGGCCAGGACCCCGCAUCAAUGGCGCCUUCAUCCCUCAAGGUUGGAGUACUGCCAUCUGGAGUGCACCAGCCACCAAUCCUUGGAAGCAAGGUUGGCGCCAGGACUGCAAAUUCACUUCUUCUGAUCUCUCUGUUGAUGGCAGCACGAUGAAUUUUGAGUUGCUGCCUAAGAUUUUGGAUGACCAAGCCACACCUCAGCAAACCUUGGAGGGACUUCAUGUGGGCUGUCCAACGCUAAGCUUGCACUCUGAUGACAUUGUUUGCUUCAUGGCCAAGGUCAACCGCAAGGAUACAAAUACGUGGGUGCUUGCUGUUGACGUGAAGAACAUGAGGCUAAAAGAUGUGGCUUUGUAUGGCUCAAAAAGACUUAUUUGCAUUGACUAUUAUGUCUACAUGAGCAGUAAGAUAUCAGACUAUCUUCCUAUGGCUCCAGGUAUAAAGGGUAGCCUAAAGCGACAAGGGGUUGUAUUGACGGUACCCUCUCAGAAGAAGCAGACUCAUAUGGUGCAUCUGUCCCCUCCCUCUUGGAAAGGUGGAGAUCAGCAGAAUUCUGGAACAAGUAUGGGAGGCACAGAGGAUAUGAUGGACUUGGACAUUUUUUUUGGAUGAUGGGCAUGGCUAACUGUGGCACAUCUUCAUGCCUUGUGUUAGACUUAUUAUGGGCAGAUAUCUAUUUAUCUACUGUUUUAUUAGUUCUAUUUUGUAUUUAGGGGAUUAUAUUUAGAGAAAGUUCCAUCUGCUAGAGCACAACCUUAAAGAGUGUGCUCUUGUUUAUGCCCCUGUUUAUUUCUUAAUCAAUGUAAGGAGGUUGUAAACCAUAUUUUCCUCUAGUUGGCGUCACAAUUUAUGGAUGUGUGCCUGCUGGUAGUGUUGUGUGUGUUAA